AAAGACAGAGAGAGGGAGAGCCAGCAAUCCUCAAACUCAGCCUUUAUUCCCCCGGAUGUGCUAAAAAUUCACCUGCAAACUGCUUUUUUGUUUUUAAUUAAUCAGAAAUGGAACCUUCUCCAGCAGAAACUCAGAUAAAUGGACGUAUGUUGUGGAUAAUUCUUCUAAGCACAAUUGCUCUUGCAUGGACUACGCCAAUUCCCUUGAUUGAGGAUUCAGAAGAAAUAGACGAGCCUUGCUUUGAUCCUUGUUACUGUGAAGUGAAGGAAAGCCUUUUCCACAUUUAUUGUGACAAUAAAGGAUUUACAAAUAUUAGUCAGAUUUCCGAAUCUUGGUCUCGACCAUUUAAACUGUAUCUUCAGAGAAAUUCGAUGAGAAAACUGUACACAAACAGCUUCCUUCAUUUGAACAAUGCUGUGUCGAUUAAUCUUGGGAACAAUGCAUUGCAGGACAUUCAAGCUGGAGCUUUUAAUGGGUUGAAAGUUCUGAAGAGGCUAUACUUGCAUGAAAACAAACUAGAUAUUUUUAGAAAUGACACUUUUAUGGGACUGGAAAGCUUGGAGUAUCUACAAGCAGACUAUAAUGUAAUUAAGAGGAUUGAAAGUGGGGCCUUCAGAAAUUUAAAUAAACUGAGAGUACUAAUUCUCAAUGAUAACCAUAUUCCUUUGCUUCCAACAAAUCUAUUUAAGUCGGUGUCUUUAACACACUUGGACUUGCGUGGAAACCGUUUAAAGAUCCUUUCUUACAGAGGGAUGUUAGAUCACAUAGGAAGAAGUAUUAUGGAGAUACAGUUAGCUGAAAAUCCUUGGAACUGUACCUGCGAGAUUGUGCAGUUGAAAACGUGGCUCGAACGUAUUCCUUAUACUGUUCUGGUUGGGGAUAUUUUAUGUGAAAGUCCCUUUCACUUUCAUGGCAAGGAUUUAAGGGAUAUAAAGCGAAGUAAACUGUGCCCCUUGUUGUCUGAAAGUGAGGUGGAAGCAAGCCUCGGGAUUCCCCAGUUACCAUCGAGCAAAGAAAAUAUGUGGCCUACUAAACCUUCCUCCAUGUUAUCAUCUUUUCAUGUUACUGCUUCUUCUGUGGAGUACAAGACAUCAAAUAAGCAACCCACCACCACCAGGCAACCUAGGCCUCCAAAGCCUCCACCGACACCCAGAGGCCUUUACCCAGGUCCAAACCAACCACCAAUUGCUGGGUACCAGACUAGACCACCUAUUCCAAUCAUCUGCCCAACUGGAUGUUCAUGCAGUUUGCAUAUCAAUGAUCUUGGAUUGACUGUAAACUGUAAGGAGAAAGGGUUUCAUAAUAUAUCAGAACUUCUGCCUAGACCACUCAAUGCUAAAAAACUUUACUUGAGUGGUAACUUAAUACAGAAAAUCUACCGGUCAGAUUUUUGGAAUUUUUCUUCACUGGAUUUAUUACACCUUGGAAACAACAGAAUUUCUUAUGUUCAGGAGGGAGCCUUUAUUAAUCUCCCAAAUUUAAAAAGCUUGUAUUUAAAUGGAAAUGACAUUGAAAGGCUGACGCCUGGCAUGUUCAGGGGUUUACAAAGUUUGAAUUAUUUAUAUUUUGAGUAUAACAUGAUAAGGGAAAUCCAGCCGGCUGCUUUCAGCCUGAUGCCAAACCUGAAGUUGCUGUUUCUCAAUGACAAUCUGUUGAGAACACUCCCAACUGAUGCUUUUGCAGGCACAUCUCUAGCAAGGCUGAAUCUCAGAAACAACCACUUUCUAUACCUUCCUGUUGCAGGAGUCCUGGAGCACCUUAAUGCCAUUGUGCAGAUUGACCUUAAACAGAAUCCAUGGGAUUGCACCUGUGACAUUGUCCCUCUAAAGCAGUGGAUAGACACCACCAGCUCUGUCAUUGUGGUUGGGGAAGUACUGUGCACAAGCCCUGAGAACCUGACCAACAAGGAUCUAAAAUCAAUUGAAAUGGAAAUUUUGUGUCCAGAGAUGCUACAUGCUACUUCACCAUCUUUGCCUGGAAAGAUGGUGCCCACAAGCUCCUCAGUGUUUGAGCUUACCACAUCUGGAGGUGCCAUUCCAUUAUCUGUCCUCAUUCUCAGUCUCCUAAUCUUGUUUUUCUCAGCUGUUUUUGUGGCUGCUGGCCUCUUUGCUUUCGUGCUGAGAAGGCGCAAGAAACUGCCUUUCAGAAAGAGACAAGAGGUGGAUUUGACGGGCAUUCAAAUGCAGUGUAGAAUCUUUGAGGACAGACCAAACAAUUCCCCAGAGAAAGCUCCUGGGCAUGUCUAUGAUUACAUUCCUCAUCCUGUAACCCAGAUGUGCAACAACCCCAUUUACAAACCCAGAGAGGAAGAAAUGGGGGAGGAAUUUUCAGAAACAAAAGAAAACAACACAAAUUAUAGGACCUUAAUAGAAAAAGAAAAAGAGUGGACCAUGGCAGUGUCAAACUCCCAGCUAAACACUAUAGUUACUGUUAAUCAAAGUGGGGAAGUACCAAGUUUUCAUGAAAAUGGGGUCAUCUUUCCUGGAGUAAUUGACCGAGAACGGGCAGCGCCAACGGUGGGUUUUGUGGACUGCAUUUAUGGCACAGUACCCAAAUUAAAGGAACUGCACGUCCACCCACCUGGCAUGCAAUAUCCAGAUUUACAGCAGGAUGCCAGAUUAAAAGAAACCUUACUUUUCUCAGCUGGGAAGGGGUUUUCAGACCAAACUCAAAGUGAAUACCUCGAGUUGAGGGCCAAACUCCAAACCAAGCCGGAUUACCUCGAAGUCCUGGAAAAAAACACAUAUAGAUUCUAAUAUAGCAUUAUUUCAUAGCGCCCAAAAAAACAAAACAAACGCAUGAUUCAAGAUGAUAAUACCGUUGUGCUCCCCAAAUUGUUUUGGAGGAAGGGCCAUACUCUAAUCGUAAUUAAUUGAAGUGCCUUCGCAGACUUUUGCCAGCAAUGUUAUCAAUCAUUAUUUUUUAUAUAGGAAUUUAAGAAACUUGACUGUGCCAUGUAAGGUAUGGGGAUAUUUGUACUGAUCCUGAUAAAAAUUAUUCCACGUGUCCUUUUUUGGCAGUAACUUAAACCUUUUCACUGGAGGGUAUUGGGGGUGAGGGAGAUAAGAUGGCAUUGUUGCUUCCUUAUACAAAGAAACACCCAUGGCACAGUUCCUGUAUAUUGAUGCAGUUUGCUGCAUGCCUGAAAAGGAAAAAAAAAAACUGCAGGGGGGGGUUAAUGCUCGAAUGUUCUCACCCAAAACACGAAUGCUCAUCUGUUUUCUUUUUACCAACAACGAUUCAGCAUCCAAACACCUGGAUUCACUGCAAAGCAUCAUAUUUCAAUGGUUUUUAAUGUAUAUUUGAUUUAUUUUCAUUUUUUUUGCAAAACAGGAAGAAUUGUACACAAGACAGCUAGGGAUCAACAUCUUUGUGAAUUCAUGAAUCUGCCAGGAUUUAUUUUUUUAUUUUUUGCAGCUCCUUGCAAUUUAUUUAGCAAUGCUACUGGGUACGUAUCACUAACAGCUUUGUAGGAAGCACUUUUAAUGUCUUCUCCCCUCCUCCUCCUACUCCUUAGCCUACCCCAUACACAAAGAUUUUACAAAAUGUGCAUAUAUUUAUUCUGUAAUUUCAGUGAAUAUUAAUUGUAAAGGUAAUGUUUAAUCAAUGUAUAGUGAUUAUGCGUCUGGUAUAGCUUUCCUAAUAAAAUAAUUUAAAACAAUACAUACAUAUACAGAUAUAUACAGAUAAAAAGCUUGAUUUAGCUAUGCCCAGCCUUAUGUACAUCAGCCAAAAAAAAAAAAAGAAAACUGAGUUACCAUGCUAACUAACAUUGAUCACUAUUUCAUUGCACAGUGCUAUGGUUAGAGGUAAAAACAGAUGACACGCGCUUUGAUAUAGUUUUGCAAUUCUUGGAAUCAGUAGCACUUUAGAGCCUUUCGCAGAUUCCUCAGUAGCAAAGGAAUUAAUAAUGUAACAAUCCUCUGGACAACACUGCAUUCAAUACUGUGAGAAUUGGAAGUAAAUUAUUACUUAGAGGUAGAGCCAUUUAAUUUAUUUGUCUAGCUUGAAAAAUGAGAGGCCCGUUGUAUCCCCUUUAGUCAAUUAUCUAGGGAUCACUACAGUGUAUUCCGACCCAUUUGGGGAUGAAAAGUUGCACAGCCUAUCUGUAUAAAAUGUCUAAUUGGUUAUAUAUAUAUAUAUAUCUUCAAACCAUACACUCUAUUAAUUGCACACUGUAUAUCCUAAUAGAGAGAGUCUAUUUAUAGAGAGAUAUAUAUGAAAAGGGCACUAUCAGACCCUGAGUGAACCCAAAGAAAAUCUAAUUCAAAACUGGUUGAUUGUUGAAGCUGCUAGCUUGUGGUUUAAAUGAGGAUGCAUUCAUAACAUUGAACAGCAGGGGGAGCUUAUAGUCUAAAUAUUGUAUGUUAGGCACAGGCACCUGGUUCUUGGCUUUAGAGCUGUGUGUUAUUUGUGUGCUGCAGCCGUUCCCGAAAUGUGUUCUCCUCUGCUUCAUUUCCUGACUAAUUUAAAUCCCUAAUGAAAUCAUUACUGUACAUUGAAUGUAAACUGUCAGAUGUCACUGAUGCCUUACAUGAACAUAGGAAUUUUAAAAGAGAAUGUGAAAAAAAAAAACAUAGCUUGUCAAGUUUUGGUUUUGCUGCAUGAUCAUCUGUACAAUUGAUUUAUUAUUACAAGCUAAUAUUGUUCUGAUUAUCAGUGUCGUUUGUCUAUAUGCAUGUAGAUAGUUACACGUAUCCAUAGAUUUAUAUAUACUGUAGCUACCUCUGUGCAUAUAUGAGCUAGAAAGUGCAUUUUUUUGUUUGUUUUUUGCUCACAGCCCCCCAUGUCUAUUAUAGUUUACAAAGUUCAUCACCUUUAUAGUAAAAUAAUUAAGGGCAUAUGGUAAUGCAGAAUAUAGAUCAAUCACUAAUUUGCACACGCAUAAAUGAUAACCUUGAGCUGCAAUUGAUUUUAGCUGCUAAAAAAACAGGCAAGACCUAUCACUAUAGGGCAGCAUGCUGCUGCUAUUACAAAAUUGGAAUUCAGAGAUGGACUACCAGUAGUACCCCUGCUGCAUUAAACCACAUUACCCCUUGAAUUCACUCUUAAGCAUCAUGGGAGGAGUAGUUCUGUGACAUCUCCCACUGUGUCCAUCAUCACUUGGCUUCACUAGUGAGUGUUAUGGGAGUUUGUAUUAAUUGACAGCUGAAGUUCUGAAGGUUGCCCAUCUACAGAAUGUUGGUGUUCUGUUUAGAUGACUUCCUUCCCCAAUUAUUGACAUAUUUAUUUUAAAUUCUCCAGUUAAACUCAUUCUAUUCAAUCCAAAGGCUAGAUUUUUCCAUGUUUACCACCAUAUUUGUUUGCCAUGUUCUUAAAAAAAAAAAAAUCCCAAACCUGCUGUAUAUUGCAUAUGACUGCGUUCAACUCUACUAUAAAUAGACAGCAUGCGCAUAUUUUGAAAAUAAAAUGUGCAAGGCGAAACACUCCUUAUAAGAAUAGAAGCCCAUUAACUCCAGGCAUGCAUCACAUCACCGUAUUUCUUUUACAAUAACACAUUUGCGUGCAAUCCCUAGUGUUACUGGUGCUGUAUACAUUUUAAACGGAGUGCUCAUAAUCCAUAGCAAAGUAUGAUGCAAACAUUAUGUUUAUAUAUUUUGUUAAAAAAAGCAAAUAUAACAAAAAACAAGAUAAAACAUGAAACAAAGAGAGAGAGGCAAGAAAGUCUUUGCUUCAACAAAAGGGACAUUUUCCACCCCUGGAUGGUGCGGAAUUCUAUUUAUUCAGUGGAAAUAAAUUUAUUCUUUGAGAAUGGAAAUUUUAUAUUAAAGGAGAUACUUUUUGGCUUAAA